CUUGCUCCGAGUACGGCACCAGCGGCAAGUACGUACUUUGACUGGCGCUAUCUAUACAUGGGUACCCAAUGUCCCCUGCCCCUGGUCCUUGUACAUCCCAUCGCGGCUUGGCAAUGUCAACAACCUGGCUAGGCUAGAGGUGUGGUCCGACCCCCCUGCUCCCCCAUGCCCUUGGCUCGAUACGGCAACGAACUCCCCGACCAGCUACCCUUGACAUUCGAGUCAUUGGCGCAAUGACCCUUCCCUCUCCACUGAUUGAGGAGCUUUGUAUCCGCAGGCUGCUCGGCGAGCGUGUUGGUGGUGUAGGAUAAUGUACGACGGAUGCCAUCUCGGUCCCGCCUCUCCCACCAUGACGCGAACCCACGCCUAAACUGAGCGGCUUGUCUCUCUGAUAUUCAAGAUAUAUGAGAAAUCAUGCGCCCUCCCACUUGCCCGAUCCAUCAAAGCGCCCUUUCAUUUUUGUGCCUGUGUGCUUGUGUGUUCGGAAGACGUCCGUUCCCAAGCUCGUCACUUAUGCAUGCGCGCUGAUUCUCACCAGGAGCGCCUUGUUAUUCAUCCUUACGCCUCGUCUCUCAUGCCACAGCCCCCCUCUGUCUGUCCUUGUGCAGUCGUCCAUCCAUGCAUUUCCACCCCGUCUCGCGUCCUCUGCCCCUGAUCCCAAACAACAGCGCUGACGCACAAGUCUCUUGCCCUCACUUCGGACCAAAACAAGGCGCCCUCUGCACCCAGGUCAACGGUUCAACGGUGGCCUAGCUGUGAACACAGCCCGCUCCAUCCUUCGCUCGCUUCUCUGUCCACAGCCUGGGCUUGAAAUAACACUCAACGCACACACCCCACACACCAACCAACACGUUCUUCGGGUCUUGUGCUCUUUAUCAAGGACCUUGGGCCUCUUUCCCAACUUCUCUCGUUCUUCUGGAACGAGACCAGGAAUUUAUCUGUGACCUCCCUUUCCCUGGGCAUAACAAUCUCGCUCUCACCCUCCUUUUUCUUCCUAUGUCACCUACCCCCGCAAACAUGGUUGUAUUCUGCACCUACUGCGGGAAGAGCUUCACCCGAAAGGAGCAUCUUGAGAGGCAUAUCCCCAGACAUACGAACGUGAAGCCUCAUCGUUGUGGUGCCUGCGGACUUGCUUUUGCUAGGAGAGACCUCCUUCAAAGACACCACACCACCUACCACGAAGCACGAGACCUCAUGGAGCCGCUCCCCGGAGGCGUGCCCACCGUGGCAGGACGCACACCGAUCGCCUGCCAGAACUGCGCCAACGCGAAGACGGGGUGUGACAAGAGGGUUCCCUGUUCGAGAUGUGCGGAAAAGAACCUCCAGUGCGCGGCGAGGUUUGCCAGGCGCUCCUCAAAGGCGGUCCUGCGCGCCGCCCAGGCACACGCCGCCUUCGCCGGCCAGAUGGCGGCGCAGCCUACGCACGCACAGACGACUCUCCAGGCCGUCAACCCCACCUUCAUGGAGAUGGACCCGACCAUGGCCAAGCAGGAGCCCCCGGCGGUUGGGAAAUCGCCAGAGGGCGGCAUGGAGCCGCCUGGGACCAUGGACCCCCGCAUCCACGGCAGCCCCCUACAGCACAAGUCGCCAGCGAACUCAUUGCACAGCCCCGGAGCCGUUCCGUCCCCACACACAAGAGUGGACGCGAUGGAUGACUUCAUGCAGCUUGGAGGCGACUUUGUGACGCCCGAUGCCACGUACAACGACCUGCUGGCCUGGCCCGACUACUCCAUCGAGCUGGACAUGUACCCCAACCAGCUCGCGAUGGGACGGCCCGAGAUGACGAUGCAGCCUUUUGCAGAUCUAAACAGCGACGUCUCUUCGGGCUCCGAGCCCAUGGCGACGUCUUCAUCAAGAGGCUCCAUCCACACCCGCGGCACAAGCAUCCUGUCCACGGCCGAUUUUGAGACCCAAAUCAAGCCUAUCGAUAUGAGCCUCAACGCGUCCCUCUCUGGAAACUCGAUACCCGAGUUUGAGGUUGUUGUGGCGGCAGAGGCGGCAUGGCCCCUGGCGCGGUGCAACCCCCCACUGUACUCAGGCGCGUGUCCGAGGACAGCCAUCGUGCACCUUGAGUGCCUGGAGCAAAAGUCCAAGCAGGAGGGCACCUGGUGCUCCUUGGAGAAGUACCUCGAGGAGGUCGACUGGGACGCGUCGGACCUGUCGUCGGUGGUGCCGCUCACGUCGAGGACGAGAGACAAGAUGCUCGCCAUCACCCAGGGCUUCCUGCACAAGGCGCUUGAGAUCCACCGCGGGCCCAAGAACAGCUACGCGAACCCGGGACACUUCAACUUUAUCGUCCUCCCACCCUCCAAGAUACUAGAGUACUUUCUGCGCAGUUAUGUUCGCACGCUCUCCCCCUAUUACCCGCUGGCUGCGGGUGGCUCCGUGGACCCCAACGAGAUGUUGCGCAAUAACCAGGCGUCCACGCUGCUGGUCCUGCUCAUGAUCGCGCAGGGCGCCGCGGCCGUCCCCAUGGCAGAGGCGCGUUACCUGUCGGCCGGCCUCACCGAGACGUGCCGCAUCUCGCUCUUUGACAUAAUCGAGAAGAACGUGGAGCUGUCGGCGGACCCGACAGCGCUGAGGUGCGCGCUCCUGUUCACGCUGCUCGGCGCCUGGAGCGGCGACAAGUGGCUCAUGGACAUCUCGAUGGGCCAGCGGGGCAUGUACCUGUCCAUGCUCAAGCACGCUGGCAUGCUUGAGCCCCAGCCGUCCAUGAUCCCCGCUUUCACAAACUCGACCAGCAGCGAGCUGCAGUGGCGCGCUUGGUGCCACCGCGAGGCCCAGAAUAGGCUCGUAUACAACUGGGUCAUGAUGGACCAGGAGCUCAGCCUCUUCCACGACACGGCCCCCAUGCUGUCCAUCACGGAGCUUCUCUGCCCACUGCCCGGGCCCGACGUGCUGUGGCAGGCGCCAAACGCCGAAGCAUGGCUGGCUGCCGUCCAGUCGGUUUACGGCUGUACCGCAAACGUGAACCCGCAGCUCCUCACCACCCCUUCGCUCACCCCCUCCCUGUCGGACCUCUUUCAGAACUUCCUGCACGAUAACUUGACGGCGGGCAAGUGCAACCUCUCCCCGCAGCAGCUGAGGCUGCUGCUCCACCCCCUGCAGGCGCUCCUCUGCCACCUGAGGCAGAUGCUGUCGUGCUUCUCGGACAUCCUGGCUACGAGGCGCACCCCGUCGCGCACCGUCACCAAGGCCUCGACGCUCACGCGGCUCGAGGAGGCGCAGGGGCUGCUGCAGCGCUGGUACGAGCUCUCGAUGGAGCACGCCAAGGAGAACCCGGGCUGCGCCAUCACGCGCUGCAACCUGGUGCUCUACCACCUCAUCUCCCUCAACGCCGUCACCAGCUUCCCCGAGGUGGAGCGGCUGGCGCGCCGCGAGGCCUUUGACGGGUCCUACUGGGAGCUCUCGCUGCGGCACAAGCGCUGCAUCUUCCAGCGCGAGGAGGCCAUCUUCCACUGCGGCCAGGUGCUGCGCCUGCUGCGCGCCAUGCCGCCCGACCGCCGCCCCGUGUGGUGGGGCGGCGCCCUCUACCGCGCCGUCCUCAUCCUCUGGACCGACUCGAUCUCGCGCAUGGACCCCAGCUUCAAGCGCGACGAGCCCGCCGUCGGGGCCUCCUCGUCGUCGGCGGGGGCUUCUUCAACAUCAUCGGCGGCGGCGGCGGCAGGCGGCAGCCCCAUGGCCGUGGCCGUCGACCGGGUGACGCCCGAGGACCCGGCAGUCAUCGCGUACCUGUGGAGCGGCGAGGGGGUCGCGCUCCUCACGCGCGGCGACGGGCAGACCUUUGGGCUUGACAAGCCCGCCGACGUGCUGGGCUACGCCGUCAAGGCGCUCGACGACGCCGUCAGCACCCGCAUCGGCGACGGCAUCAAGCGCAAGCUGUUGACGCUGGCACAGAACUGGAGCAUAGACGUCCUCAGCACGAGCGUGGCAUAGGGUCCGCCGAUGAGCCCGUCCUUUGCAUCUCUCUCUUUCCGUACUCUUAUGUUACGUCUUUGCUUUUACGCGCACACACACACACACACACACACACACACACACACACACACACACUGUUACCUUCUCUCCUUGGGUCAGAAAAACUUCGCUUCGAUACCAUUCCUUUGGGACAUUACUACUUUGUUUAACUUUACGCCACGGCCACCCGGACGAGGGUUCUCCUUGAAAAAAAGGUUGGGCAGGUUGGGUAUGCUGGCGUUUGGGGCACUUUCUUUGACUCGUCUACAUCUAUGGGGCGCAGUGGGUUUAAUAUCCGGAUAAUGCUUUUAUGACGGCGGCUGGGGUUCUCAUGUCUUCUUUUUCUUUUGAUUUCUCAAAGACACGGUUAGUCUUGGGGGCCUACGGACCUUUCGUCACCUCUUCUCUAUGUCCUCUCCUUUGUACUUUUUGUGCAUCUUUAGAUUUGUUUCUCUCGUGUUAUGAAACUUUUCGCUACGCAUGUUUGCACAAUAAUGUCUUGUUCGUUUUGGUCCUCCAUGCCUUUGCUCUCUCUCCAUGGUCGAAUCCCCCUCCUUUGCGGCCCUCAACUCCGCACAGGCACCACGAUGCCCAAAGCAGAGAAUGAAAGUCUUCUUGGUGUGUACAUAGCGGUCAUGGAUUGGCGUUUGCUCGACGUGCCAGGCCGGACCCGGCGCUCGUACUGUUUACUCCUGUACCACAUACACAAAAAGCGCUACUCGGUUGUGGACCAAGCAAAAACAACCCGACGGCGUUCGCUGCUCGGCUUUUGUCCCA